GCAUGCGCAGACGGUAAACCAACGCCCCAGUACUGGGGCGCGGGUUUAGAGGCGCGUUUUAGUGAAGUCGCACGUGAAGAGCAGCGGUGGCCGGAGUCCGGUGAGUGCGAGCCCAGACCGGCGCUCGGAGGCUGUACCCGGGACGGGGUGGCGGCGGCCGCUACAGCAGACCCAGCCAUGGCAGGCUCAGGCAGCAGUUCCCCAUGGGGCAGGCAGCUGUUCAAAGUCGUCCUGAUGGUCCUAGUGGCCCUCCUUCUCCUCCACUCAGCAUCAUCCCAGUCCCAUCGAGACUUUGUGUCACCAGGCCAGCAAAAGAAAGAGGCCCCAGUUGAUCUCCUGAGCCAGAUAGGUCGAUCUGUGCGGGAAACUUUGGAUGCCUGGAUUGGGCCAGAAACCACGCACCUGAUUUCCGAGACCUUGGCUCAGGUGAUGUGGGCUAUCUCAUCGGCCAUCUCUGUGGCCUUCUUCGCUGUGUCUGGGAUCACCGCACAGCUGCUGAAUGCCUUGGGGCUAGAAGGAGAUCUCCUCACCCAGGGCCUGAAGCUCAGCCCCGCCCAGGUCCAGACCUUCCUGCUGUGGGGAGCGGGGGCCCUGGUUGCCUACUGGCUGCUGUCCCUGCUCCUCGGCUUGGUCUUGGCCUUGCUGGGGCGGAUCCUGUGGGGCCUGAAGCUUGCCCUCUUCCUGGCCGCCUUUGUGGCCCUGGUGAGGUCAGUGCCCGACCCUUCCACACGGGCCUUGCUCCUCCUGGCCUUGCUGACCCUCUUUGCCCUGCUGAGCCGGCUCACUGGCACCCGGGCCUCAGGGGCCCAGCUAGAGGCCAAGGUGCGGGGGCUGGAACGCCAGGUGGAGGAGCUGCGUUGGCGGCAGAGGCGAGCGGCCAAGGGGCCCCGGAGCGUGGAGGAGGAGUGAGAGGAACACCCGCCGCCACCACCUUCAUACCAAAGAGCCGAGCUGCUUCUGGGUCGCACAGCCCUCCUUCCAGCCCCCGGCCCCUUUCUUGCCCUGUCUCCGAACCCUCAAGACCUUUAUCUCUGCACCAGCCCCCUUGGCCAAGAGAGAGGAAGGCCACCCCCUCGCUGGCCCUCAGGGGCCCUGUCCUUGGAGGUUCUCUGUCUGGGGUUGGUUGUCCUCACCCUUUCCCUGCUCCAGCCUGUCUUACCCAGGGCAGGUGGGUGGCUUCCCGCCAGCUUCCACGUCUGCUCUCAGCGAACACCUCUGAUCACUGCCAGUGGCUUCCCGUGACUCAGCCGCUGCCUUGUCUUCCUCCAAUGCUCUUGCUCCUGUCCUUCUCUAGCUUCUCCUUUGCCAAGUCCCCAGCUUCCUUCCUGUUUCUCUCCUUCUAGCCCUGCACUCCAACCGAACCACAGUUCCUCAAGGCAUGCACCUAUUCCCUUCAUUGCCCAGUGUGGGGAAGAGGCAGGGCACAUGGGGCCUGAGGGGAAGGGAAGUGGGGAAGUUCCUACGUGGGGCUGGGGCAGGAUAUACAUGGAGUCUGAUACAAGUGCCUUAAUCCAAGCCGGCAGGGCCCUCUGCUUGCUGGCUGCCGUACUGUAUGCAGCAAACUGCUCUGGGGCUCCUUUGUGUCAAGAGGAAGGUGGUUCCUCUCUGAAUCUUGGUUCCCCUUCAGCCAGAGCAAAAGAUGACUGCUUUGUAGGUUUGUGCCUGCAAGUGUGACCCUGCAGUGGCCGUGAGAUCCCCUGUGGGGAUUUCAGAGACCCUGAAGGAGAAAGAAGGGCUCAUCUUCCUGUCUGUACAGCUCCAGGCAGUUCUCCAUCUCUCUCUUCAUCACUGCCACUGAGGAGUCGCUGAUCAGUGGCCUAGGAGGAGCGCAGAGCAGACAGCAGAUAUGCACCUCACAGCACCUUCCCUUCUCAUGCUCUGCUCUGCAGCUGAGCACCCCCCCCCCCCCCCCCCAACCAGGGUGCUCAUUCUUCCUUCGAGGCUUUGGUGGAGGUGGGUGGCCUCCUCUGUCAGGCCCCACACAUGAUGUGAAGAGUGAGAAGCCCAGUUCUUACUGUUGAGGUUGGAUAUGGAAUCACAGCUGCAGUGACAUAUAUAUUUUUAUCAGCGCUUGGUUGAUUUUAAAUAAAGUGCACGCUAUUUUAUUAUCUCG